AUGGUUAAAAUCUGUGUCAUGUGCGGUAACGUCGAUGCUGUUAUUGGAGUUUCAUUACCACAGAUUUCCGUCAAACGUCGCACGCAGAUUUCUGUGGGUGCAGUUCGUGGAGACCAACGGUUUUGCUGUUCGCCCCACCUCAAUGCUCUGUUCAAGACAUUUCGUUCCUCGACUCGACUAUUUACCGAGUGCAAAUCGUCGCCGCCUCAUCAACGCGGCAGUGCCUUCAAUACAUUUGAUGAUAUUGAAGUCACAUACAUUAUUUAUGUAUUAUAUGAGGAACAUGAAGUCAGCAAGAAACAAAAAAGAGACAAAAUUAAAAGACGACUUAGGGUCUAUCCUUUAAAUUUAAAAAGACCAAUGUUUACCAUCUCCCAAAAUGGUCAGUUCCAGGUGACAUUUAUGACCCUUCGUAGUUAUCCAGAAGAAUUCAUAAAAUAUUAUCGAAUGUCGAUAAGAUCUUUUGAUGAGCUGCUAUCGCUGGUUAGACAAACAUUUUCAAAACAGCACACUGGUUUGCGUAUGCCAAUACCACCGGAAGAACGUCUGACAGUGACACUGAGGUAG